AAAAGUGUGCUACGAAGAGAUGUCUGUCAUUGAGGACCUCGAGCAAAACUUUGCUUCUCUUACAGCUGAGAUAACUGCGAAGACAGGACGGAUACCCAAGUUGUCUGGCAGUGAAAAGCGCCAAGUCACUGAGGAGAUAGAGAGGCAUGUUGCAGAAGCGAAUGAACUAAUUGACCAAAUUGACAUUGAAAUACAAAGUCUACCUCAUUCAGCGAGACAAAAGGCCAGCAGUAGAGUAAAGAGCUAUCGCAAAGACAUUGCUACAGCCGAGAAGGAACUGAGACGUGCCCAAGUUGCUCUCUAUGACUAUGAACAAGGUCGGGAUGAGUUGAUGGGCCCAGAUGAUCCUCAUUACUCAGAAGAUCAGAGAACAAAACUAUUAGAUAAUACAGAGAAGCUGGAUAGAAGUAGCCGGCGACUUGAUGAAGGAUACAAAAUUGCAUUAGAAACACAGGAAAUUGGCAAUGAGAUUAUGGACAAUUUGUCUCGGGACAGAGAGACAAUCACUCGAGCAAGAGAGAGGCUAAGGGACACUGACACUAAUUUGUCUAAGAGUGGGCAACUGCUGCGGACAAUACUCAGAAGGAUGAUUCAGAAUAAAAUUAUUAUUGCAAUUAUUUGUAUCGUUCUUGUAGCAGUUAUCAUCACUGGCAUUUACUUUGCAGUCAGUGGCUAAAUAGAAGGCUGAAGACUUUGUGAAAGUGUUAGUUGUAAAUGUUCAUCACUUUCAUUGUAGUUUUGUAUUGCUUAACCUAACCAUAAAGGAUCAA